AUGAUGCAACAUAAAAUGUCAUUUCUUGGCAGAGAGGCCAGACUCGAAUUGUUUGAGCGUGGAAAGCCUACCAGAAGCCCUCUGCCGCGAGAUUCGCAGGCUGUGCAAGGCGUCUAUCUACGAUCGUGGUCAUACUUGGGUUCCGCAGAGGGCCAGAUGCGACCACCGCUUUCCCCUGUCGACGCACCGAGGCAGUUGGCAUUCUUGUGGGCGCCAGGACAACGAGGAGGCUCAAGACGUGCGGAUGGGAAGGGGGCGUUGAGAGUAGCGAACGGUGUCGGUGCACCGCCCACCCGCCCCGUGUUAGAGGUGUCUUGUCGCUUUACUCUCACCGGCAGCUCAUAUUGCAGCCUCCUGAGGAAUUCGUUGCAUAGCUCUCCUUUCCCCUCCCGUACCCACAUCCGCGCGCUCACUGUUGCUUCCGUUGCCUUCCGUACGAUGGCUGAUGGAUCUAGUACGACUGGAGGGCACAUUGCCGGUACCCCGCACGUCCUGUCGGACGCACAAUCUCAAUUUCCAGGAAACUCGAGACCGAAUGUUGUGGCCUCUGCGAUGAAAGCAUACGCUUCUUACAAAAAGACGUGGGACGUGGAACAGCUAAAAACCGCCAUAACGCUAUUUCAACAGGCUGUGAACGACGCCCUCGAACCGGACGCGUACCUGCUAGGCGAGCUGGGGUACUGUCUCCAUUUACAUUACAGGGCUCGAGGGAACCUUGAAGACCUUCAGCGGGCCAUUGUGGCGCAGCAAAGCGCCCUACAACUCGUUCCGAAUGGGCACCCCGACAGGGCUUUGCGUCUGCACAAUGUCAGCGUUUCAUUGCGAAAACGCUUUGAAUCCCUUGGCUCGAUCGACGACCUCGCAAGCGCCAUCGAAAUGCAACUACGUGCAGUCGAGCUUACUCCCAAUGACGAUCCCGACCUGCCAGGGAGGCUUGACAACCUGGGGUACUUGCAGCAACUUCGUUUCGAUCGUUAUGGAGAGCUGGAAGAUCUCAAGAGCGCCGUUUCGAAUCGACAGCGUGCAAACGGGCUGACUCCUAAUGAUCAUCCCGGCAAAGCUAGACGGCUGCACAACCUCGCAUGGUCCUUGCGCAGUCGUUUCGAGCGUCUCGACGACAUCCCUAACCUCGAGCGGGCCAUCAUGAUGCAGAGCCGCGCUGUCGAGCUUACUCCAGAUGACGAUCGAAACCUGCCAACGAGGCUCGGCAACCUGGGGUGCUUGCAGGACCUCCGGUUCAAACGUUUUGGACAGCUCGAAGACGUCGAGAGCGCUGUUUCGAAUGGACGUCGUGCAAACGACCUAACUCCAGAUGAUCAUCCUGACAAAGCUAUCUGGCUGGACAACCUCGCAUCCUCCUUGCGCAGUCGUUUCGAGCGUCUCGGCGACCCUGCCGACCUCGAGCGGGCCAUCACGACGCAACACCGCGCAGCCGGACUUACCCCGAAUGACCAUUCCGACCUGCGGAAUCCACUCGAAAGCCUCGGCUCUUUGCAGUGGCUGCGUUUCAGCCGCUCCGGAGCGCUUGAAGACAUUCAGAGUGCCAUCUCGAAUCAACAGCGUGCAACCGAGCUGACUCCUGAUGAUCAUCCCAGCAAAGCUACCAGGCUGGACAACCUCGCAUCGUCCUUUCACAGUCGUUUCGAGCGUCUCGACGACCCGGCCGACCUCGAGCAGGCUAUCGCGACGCAACGCCGCGCUGUCGAACUUACCCCGAAUGACCAUCCCGACUUGCCAGAUCACCUCGACAACCUCGGUGUUUUGCAGUUGCUUCGUUUCAUACGUUUCGCAGCACUCGAGGACCUGGAGAGCACCAUUGCAGGACAGUGUCACGCAAACGAGCUAACUCCAGAUGAUCAUCCCGACAAAGCCGCCCGGCUUCACAACCUCGCACUCUCCUUGCGCAGUCGUUUCGAGCGUCUCGACGGCCCUGCCGACCUCGAGCGGGCCAUUACGACGCAAUUCCGCGCAGUAAAACUUACCCCGAACGGCCAUCCCGACCUGCCAAAUCUGCUCGAAAACCUCGGCUCGUUGCAAUUACUUCGUUUCAGAUGCUUCGGAAAGCUCGAGGAUAUUGAGAGUGCCAUUGCGAACCUACAGCAUGCGAACGACCUGACUCCUGAUGGACAUUCCCAGAAAGCAUGGCGGCUGAAUAGUCUGGGCAUGUCAUUUUUAUCCGAGUUCCUCAGAGGGAAUGCGGAGGAGGCUCUUGAUAGUGCUUUACACUGUUUCAUGGCUGCCACAUCACGGCCAGAAGUCCCGCCGCACUUACGUCUUAGAACAUGCAAGGGUGUCAUUCAACUUUUCCACGAGCACACGCAGUUUAGUACGUCUGACAGACUGAUUCCUUUGCACUCUCGCAUUCUCGACAUCAUCCCCGAGUUUGUAUGGCCUGGGCAUACCAUGGAACGCCGUUUGAAAGAGUCACAAGAACUUGGUCGGCUUGUCAGCUCUGCUGUGUGUACUGCCAUUGGCUUCAAUACUAUCACACAAGCCCUUGAAUGGCUGGAAGCGGGUAGAGCCCUUAUAUGGACGCAGACGCUAUCACUGCGUAGCCCACUUCGCGAUCUCGAGCAUGCCCAUCCCGAUCUCGCUCAUGCUCUCAGCGAAGUACACGUCCGACUGCAGAACUCGAUCUGUUUACCAUCCCAUCGUGAUGCUGUCUUGUCGAAUGAUCAAGAUGAUUCAAUGACAAGCUCGGGCCGUAGCCGUGUGGACAUACAACGCGGCCUGGCCAUCGAGCAUGGCAAGCUACUCUCGAGCAUCCGCAAACUCGAAGGGUUCCAGGACUUUAUGCUUCCCAAGAAGCUUCCCGCAUUGCUUCCCUCGUCUAUGCGUUUCGGCGGGCCUGUGGUCUUCCUCAACACAGAUCGUAUGCGCUGCGACGCCGUCAUCUUACUCGCGGAUGGCACAAUCAAGGCCGUGGCGUUACCGGAACUCUCCUUGAAAAGAGCGAUGGGCCUGCGGUCACGGUGGCUGUUGUAUCUCGAUCUGCACGAUGCUCGAGAGCGUGAUACGCUCAGGGACGAUCCGAAAGCCGAUACACGUGCCGAGAAAACCAUAUUUGUUCGUCAUAUCCUUGGCCGGGUCUUGAAAUGGAUUGUUUUGCCGAAAACAAUAUCGGCUCGUCGUAUCCUUGGUCGGAUCUGGAGAUGGAUCGUACGACCGAUACUGGAAGGCCUCGGUCUAUACAGGCCUAAAGCGCCCUCCGGCUCACUUACACAUGUUACGUGGUGUCCCACUGGACCGCUAACCCAGUUACCACUGCACGCAGCAGGAGAUUACAAAGAGUCUGGGUUGCGCGUUUACGACUUUGUGGUGUCCUCAUACACUCCAUCUCUCUCAGCGCUCACGCGAAGUAUCAAUGCGGUCACAGACAAGCCCACUACUCCGAGUGUGCUCGUUGUGACGCAGUCAGACGUUCCCGGAUACACAUCGAUACCAGGGACUUUGAUCGAAGGCGAGCGUGUACGAGAGGUUCUGGCACAGUCGAAGUAUGACACCUCCCUCUUCACAGGGGAUAAAGUGUCGAAGGCCGCCUUAUGCACUGCCUUGAGCGAACACACCUGGUUGCACCUGGCUUGUCACGGUACCCAGAACACCGAAGACCCUCUGCAGAGCGCAUUCGCACUUCACAACGGUUCACUCACACUCCUCGACCUCAUGAACACCAGAGCGGACAACGCAGAGCUCGCGUUCCUAUCCGCGUGCCAGACCGCCGUCGGCGACGAGAAGAUUCCCGAGGAGUCGAUGCAUCUCGCAGCGGGCAUGCUGGCGGUGGGAUACAAAGGCGUGGUCGCCACGAUGUGGUCGAUCGGGGAUAAGGACGCGCCAGUCGUCGUCAAGGCGUACUAUCGGAAGCUACUCAAGCUUCGCGCGUCGGGGACGCUCGGGAAGGGAGAGACGGGCGCGGCAUACGCGCUGCACGAGGCCACGAAGAAGUUGAGGAAGAAGGUCGGGGAUGAGCAGUUCGCGCGCUGGGCGCCGUUCGUGCAUUUUGGGAUAUAG